UGUAUUUUACUUCAAAGAAUAUUAAAUAAUAAAUUUCGUACAGGAGCGAAGCUACAGGCGGCAAUCGCAAACUUCGAAAACUACUCAAACCGAAUAAUAAAGGUUAUUUAAAAGUAUGGCCCAGAAACUACGCAACUGCGUCUCUACUUUACCAAAAGGUCUAUUCAAUAAUAUCUUCAAUAGCCUAAAAACAACAGUUUGCUGCUUCUCCAAUACUCAAAUACGUUUGGCAGAUAUGAAUGAUCCUAUGGAUCAUGCGACUGGUAUCGAAAAACGCGAAUUAGAACAGUUUAAGGCGGGCAAUAAGGACCCUUGGUUGCUUGAUACGGUCUUAAAACGCGGUCCUGGCACUAAGGAGCAACCAACUAUGAUUCCAUCCGCAUUUGAUGGACGUAUUGUUGGGUGUUCUUGUAAGGGGAAUCGCUUUAUAAAUUGGAUGUGGUUGGAAAAAGGUGCACCCAAACGAUGUGAGUGUGGACAUUAUUUCCAAUUAAAGGAAAUAAAACCAGUUUGAAAAUAAAGUAAAUGUUUAAGAAAUGUAUUUAACUUGGAAUAUAUUUACUCAUUAUAU